AUGCGCAUGCGCAGAUUAACUUUUCCGCAUUGGGUUCGUUUACGCUUCCUCAUUGACAGCGCCUAAAGGAAGAAAGCAGCGAUCCACUGUUUCAUUUGCGCUCUUAACCGUUUUAAACAGCUUAUACGUGAUAUAGAAAUCUUUAAUAACCCAGAAAGCGUCUUUAAAAGUCUCGGAAAGUUCCUGAAAUGUCAAAGCCUCCCCCCAAACCAGCUAAACCAGGUCAGGUCAAGGUGUACCGGGCUUUAUUCACCUUUGACCCAAGGACGCCGGAUGAACUGUACUUUGAGGAAGGUGAUAUUCUGUAUAUCUCAGAUACGAGUGACAGUAACUGGUGGAAAGGGACAUGCCGGGGAAGGACUGGUCUUAUUCCUAGCAAUUACGUGGCUGAACAGGCAGAGUCCAUAGAUAACCCCAUGCAUGAAGCAGCCAAACGAGGAAAUCUGAGCUGGCUCAGAGAGUGCUUGGAUAAUAAAGUUGGCAUCAACGGACUGGACAAAGCAGGGAACACCUCUCUCUACUGGGCUUGCCAUGGAGGACAUAAAGAUGUGGUGGAGAUUUUGCUGAGUCAGCCGAACUGUGAGCUCAAUCAGCAGAAUAAAUUGGGAGAUACGCCUCUACAUGCAGCUGCCUGGAAGGGUUAUUCAGAUAUAGUUGAGAUGUUGCUUAAUAAAAAUGCAAGGACAGAUGUGGUAAACAAUGAGAAGAAGACGGCUCUGGAUAUGGCCACCAACGCACAGUGCGCCUCUCUGCUGAAGAGGAAGCUGGGAGGAGUCAUUCUGCGCACCCACAGUAACGCCGAGGAGUAUCUCGAUGAUGAAGACUCCGACUAAGAGAAGAGCAGCACUAAUGAAGACCAUUCAUUCCAACACAACCAUCACAACAUGUGUUAUACAGUUGUCAACAUUUAAAGUGGAUCCUCAACUUUGGUCAAAGUUGUUUUAAAACUAUUAAAUAACACCCAACUUCAGAUGCUGCCUACUGUAUAGAGUGCCUAUAGAAAACUAGCAUACCCUCCUCCCUUUAAAAUAAGUACUUUAGAUUUUAGUCACACAGCCUGAAAUCACAUUCCAAAUAACUUUUUACAGCCUUUAAAAUAGUUUUUUGGUAACACUUAAAAAAAAAAAGGUCCAUUACUAAAUGUAUUUACUUACAUGAACAAACAAUUUAGUAAAACAUUCAUUAUGGUACUUAUUCAUCUUUGUUAAUGUUAUUUAAGUUAAAUUAUCAACUGCAUUC